AAUGCGCGGCGAUUGCGCUGGUCAGUCCACGUCCGCCACUGAUCGCAAUAUGACGCUCCGGAACCUGUGCCCCAAGUGCAUCCUGCUGGUGGCGCUGCUGCUCCUGCUGGACUUCAGCCUGGCCGGACCGCAGCAGUUGUUCCUCACAGACGACGUGAGAACAGAAACGGGCACGGGACCAGCAACUGCGGCUGCAGCCGGUGGUGAUUUGGGUGAGGAUCGCUUGCCCCUCAACGAUCCAUCGGAUCUGAGUGCUGGUUUAAAUUUGGCGCCCGUUGGCAGUCUGAUUUCGGCAGCAGCGAAUGUCGUUCCCCCCGCACCCAUUCUAUUUAUUCGCACGGCCAUGAACAGCGGGCUCUGACCGCCAGGUGGCGCUAACCGGAAUUC